CUCAUAAAGAGAGGUCUUCGAUGGUACCAGCACCCCGUCAGUAUCCAUUCCAAGACCAUGAACAUUACCCCUUCUCUCCCUAGUUUCUUGUUUCUCCUAGUGGAUGACAUUGGUUGGGCCGACUUUAGCUACAACAAUGGCACUGCAUUGACUCCAAACAUCGACGCCUGGGCCAAGGACAAGAAUUCUUUGAUUUUGCAGGAUUUUCAUAGUGGAGGAACAGUGUGCAGUCCAACAAGAGCAACCAUCUUGACUGGUCGCAAUCAUUUUCGGGAUUGUGUGGACUAUGUCUAUGGCUGUGAUGACAUGUCAAUAUGUGUUCCAGACUUUGAGUUUGCACCGUCUCGCACAUUUACCGUGGGUGAUGCAGUCAGGACAGCUCAUCCAGAGGAGUAUGGUGACUAUGGGGGUGCCUAUUUUGCAGGCAAGUGGCACCUUGGCAGCUUCUUCAAUGACUCUGAAGCCUAUGGCGGAAAGACCAGUUCUCCCCUUGUCCAUGGGUUUACAAAGAUGAAUGCCACAGUUGAAGUAGCUCCCACUGCAACAACCAACUGUCAAUGCAAACCAGAAUGGCGGAAGGAUUGUCAAUUUGGCCACUACGAUGGGCCAAAUCAUUGCUCCCCUGAUGGUCGAUGUUGUUUCAACUACUGGUGGGAUGAUCCCCUUUCAGCCCACGGUGUGACAAAUCUUACGUGGCCUACCCCUCCCGAUGAUUCCUUGUAUCUAGUGGACGCGUUUUCCCGAUACAUGGCAGAGAGAGCGCAGCAGAAGAAACCAUUCUUGGCCCAAAUCAGUUUUCACAACUGUCACAUACCCUUUAUUGCAUCCAAAACAGCCAAAGUACGUUGUGCCAAAGGAGAAACCUGCCGUCCACCUGAUCCAGGCUCGCCUCCCUACACGGAAAAAGAACUAGACUACUAUGGCUGUAUGACAGAGCUGGACAAUGCUUUUGGCCAGGUUAUAGAGGCACUCAAGAAGCAUGGAUACUAUGACAAUACCAUGAUUUGGUUUGCAUCCGAUAAUGGCCCUGAGCAGAACUGCCCACCGGAUGGGAUCUGCAAAAAAGCAUCCAUUUCCCCGCAAAGGCCGGUAGAAGGGCCAGGAUCUGCAGGACCCCUGCGGGGCAGGAAGCGAGAUAUCUAUGAAGGAGGCCAUCGGGUUGCAGGCAUAGUCUCAUUUCCACCUCUUAUUCAAGGUCGGGGAGGCAUGCAAGUUUGGGAAACUGUGGUAACAUUUGAUUUCCUUCCUACCGUUAUGGAAUUGCUGAAUCAAACUCGCCCUCCUUCUCAACAAUCCUGGGCUCUUGAUGGUCGCAGCAUUGUGGCUUUACUGAAAGAGCCCAACAAUUUUCAAUGGAACAAUACCAAGGAAGGCCCUCGUAGCUUUGGCAUUGGGUACUAUGAUCCCAAGCAAAUCAUAUCCAAUGGUUGGGGCUACCGGUGGGGGAAAUGGAAGUAUGUGCAAGGCAGUGUCAGCUGCAACAAGAAAUAUUGCCGAAAACCACAGUUAUUUGAUUUGGAGACAGACCUGGGAGAACGACAUGACUUGGCAGAGGCAAACCCGGAUGUAUUGCGUCUUUUGCAGCAAAAGUUUCGGGAAUGGCAUGCUUCCAUAAUGAAAUCAAGGCAGGAAGAGUCCAAGUGUCAGAAAGCCAAUUUGCCACUGCCAUUGCCAACCUUCAUGUCAGAAGAAUAAUCAAUAGGUCUAAAUCUGCUAGCUAGUUACGUGGCUCGG